AUGUACUUUCAGUCCAUGCUGCUUAUUUUCGCCAGCAUCGCAUCUAUUGCGAUGGCAGCUCCUACACCACAAUCCGUUCCCGCCAAGGACAACAGCGGAGGGCGAGUCGUUCUUGAUGGCGCUCAGUGCAGUCCUGUUCAAGGUCGAUUGGUCUGCGACGAUGGCACAGGCAACACCUUCUUCGCCGACGAUCCAUUUUCGUCAUGA